AACAAUAAGAAAACAAAAACAACAACAAUAACAAUAAUAAGAAAAAAAUUUAUUUCGUAGUUUUUCUCAGACUAUUUUGAAAUUUUGUGAAAAUUCAACAUUAAAACUAACAAAAAAAAAUUCAGAAAAUAAAUACAAAAGCAGCAAAAAGCAACAGCAACUACUGCAUCAAUAACGACAACAACAACAAGAGCAACAACAACAAAAACACUUAAAUCUAACUUACAUACUUUGGAUUUUUCUUUGGCGGUGCUUUUCUGCAAAUUUCGGUACAUGUCCUAACCGGGAAAUCAAAACUAUUUUGUGUGGCAUUGUAUAUCGCUUUCGAAUUAAAAAUACAACCACAAUUAUUUAAAUCGCAACUAUGGCGCUACGUUUAAGACGUGAUGUCCAAAAGGCAUCCUAUUAUGUUUGGUUUUUGGGCGCUGAAGAAGCCAAAGGUUUGCGGGGACAACGAGUCAUCAAUUCCGUGUUACCGUAUCUCAUCGAUAGAUCACGUACACAGGAGCCAAUUAAAGUAACACUGCAAGUGUCACACAAAGGAAUUAAAAUUAUACAGGGCUCUUCUAAACAUUUUAUACCACACAGUGCCAUAACAAGUUCCGUACAAACGGACGAUAUAGUAGCCUGCGUUUUGCUACUUUAUAAUCCAGUCACAAAAUGUCCCUUGCAUGUCCAUGCAUAUCGCUGUGAUUCCGAAACUACAGCGGAGGCUUUGAAUCAACAGUUACAGAUCUUGAUUAAUCGUCCAGAGAAUCAAAAACGUUUUGAAGAUUUAGAAUCAAGAUUGGGAAUUAUACCUGGAAUGCCAUCGUUAUCAUCUAACAAAUCAACGAAUCACAACGAAGAAAUUAAUCAUAAGAAAGAUUCACAACAUUAUGAUGAACACCAUCACAAACAAGCAACUAGAUCCGCAAGACAUGAACCAUCAUCCAAGCGAUUCGUUUCGUCGUUGGGUAGCGAUACUGGCAACAGUACCAGAGAAUCAGAAUGUAGUGAAGAUAUCAGUGGUAAUUCACCCGUAUCACGAUCACCAUCUGGUCUAAAGCCUUUGCCGCCACAACAACAGCCGCUGCCCAAUCCAGAGCUAUUUGAUUCAUUGGCUGCCGAAUUGAGAGCCAAACUAAAUGGUAAUGGACCGCCGUUACUACUGCCACCGCGUGAUUAUGAUACCGUGCAUAGAUCCAAGGGAAAUUUGACGGCGAUAGAGUUGAGACGUUGUCGCAAUCAAUUGAUUGUGGGCAGCAAUAGGCCGGGAGCAAAAACAGAGCUAACACAAAACUUGCCCAACAGCAGUGGCAAACAGGUUUCAUCGAGAGGUUCGUCUGGCAUAGGCUCUGAUUUGGCUCCUAGUCCUGAAAGACAAGAUGUAACUACAUCUAGUGAUGAUGAACAUUGGAGCAAUGAGGCCGACAACUCCGUAAUAGCAUUGAAACCAUCGCAGAUAUCUAUGGAACGCUCGGCACCAAUUAACCAACAUCAUAUGAAUCUGACACGUAAAAAUGCAGUACAUCCUCGUGACGAUAGUUAUUUGCGUGAUUUGCCUGCAAAACCCUAUACACCACGAGACAAGCUACCGUCUACCGAAAGAGAUCCUAGAUCGAAAACUCCAUCUUCUACUUCUUGGUCUAGGGAAGAUGAAAUUAAACCGAUUAUCGUUAGACCCUCAAACUAUGACUCAAAAAUCAAUCGUGUACUACAAAGCGAACAAUAUGCCUAUAAUCAUCAUAAGCUGGAGGAAAAGGCUAGAGAACGUUCCAAGCUACCUGAUGUCGACAAAUCCAAUGAGAUGGCUGCUUUAAUGAAGAAAAAUAUGUCGCUAAACCACGAUGUAAAUGAUCAACGUUACAAGUACAAAUCCAAUAAUAGUUUAGACGACUUUGACGACAAUCAUCAUCCAAGCCAUGUUGCACCACCACAUCACGGAUACCGCAAGGAGAAUCUUACCGAUAAACAGAAAUUUAUGGAAUACUCAACAUCUAAAUCGAAGCCUUUACCACAUACCAAAAGUUAUGCUGCCGAUGAGGUACAGAGAUAUGGAGGUAAACAUCGUUAUGUGGAUCCUGCUGAUUUACCAUUCGAACAAAAUGCCGUUAGAGAUAAAUAUGCUGGCUACCACAGGGAAUCAAAUUCACCCGAUCAAUCUGAGCUCAGUCAUCGCACGGCCGAGCGUUCAGGAGCCAGGUCAAGAGAUGUUCGGGAUGUGCGAGAAACACGUGAUGUGGAAGCUAUAAAACAUCACUCUCGCGACAGAGACAGGGAGCAUCAUUCUCAUAGUAAAGAUCGCAAUCCCUAUCGUGAACCCGAAAGUAUUCCUUACAUUGAAAGUAUGGAGAAAAUGAUGAAAUCUUCAGCCAUGCGUUACAAAUCAUAUGAUAGUAAUGGCGAUUUAAAUGUGGCAAGAACAAAGGAACCUCUACAUUCAAAGCUCAGUCAACGUAGCAAAGCACAUUCCCAACAUGACGAUGAACGCGAUUACAGUUACAAUUACCCAGCACAUGGACGACAAGAGCAAUACAAUACCAAUUCAUCGAAUAAGGAACGGUUCAUAGAAACAAAAGAAAAAUUCCGGGCCAUGGAAAGAUCCGGCAGUCGCUACGAUAUAACUGAUGAAAAAGAUGCAGUAGAUUACAAAUCUCGUCCUAGAGCACCGUUAGAAACACCUGAACCCAAAUCGCGUUCUUAUGAUGAUUGGAGUGAUGAAGAGCAUUUAUAUGACGAUCCACCACCAGAAAUUAGAUCACGCUCUAGAUCUCGUGAUCAAUGGGCUGAACAUGGUGUUAGGUCAAGCGCUGUUAUGCCGCCAUCAAAAGUCGAAGUGCAUAGUCGCAGUAACCGUCCACGAGACAGUUCGGGAAAGCGUGCCGAAUCUAGAAAUAGAAUUGAGAGCAAUGAUUACAGAGAACCACCACGUUAUCGUGAACAGCCGCCACAUGAUCAUCACAAUCGUUCCGAAGAACAUCGUAUUCGUGAUCGAGAUCAAUCGCGAGAAUACACUAGACGAGACUAUUCACCCGACAGACGUUCCGGUUCAGAGAGAGCUCACCAUCGUGCCGAUCGCUCCAUGGAACGUCAUCGCAUUCCUGACGACUCUUACCCUCCAACGUCGCUUUCGAAAGCCUCACCAUCCAGCAGUGGUAGCGGUAUAGGUGCUCCAGUACCUCACGGAAAACCAAUUUCUAAUAUGCCAAAGGGUUAUCGACACAGCUAUGCCGAACCGGUAUUCUCAAGAUCAGCUGGUCGAGUGGGUCUGGCAGCUGUUAAUCCUUAUUAGAAUUUAAAAUUUAAAAAAUCAAAUGAUUAUAUGAAUUUAUUUUUAUUCCUUUCAUUCUAUCCAAUAGAAUAUUGAUUAAAAACGAGUGUGAGUUGCAAUGAAAAAUAUGAAUAUGGGGUAUUAUUGCACUCUUCGCUUCUAGUCAAUAUUCUGUAACCCCUAUUUUACAACUGUAAAAAACAAAAUUACACUAAAAGUGUUGUAAAUGUUUUUAUAUAUUAAUCAAAUUGUUUUUUUUUAUUUUUUUAUUUAACUUGUUUUUUGAAAUAGUUCUUCAAACUUUUAUUAAAUUUUAAUUGUUAAUUUUGCUUCUAAAGCAAAUGCAGACGAGUAAUCGUUAGCAUUUGAAAUUUUUAACAGAAACGGCUUAAGAAAUAUAUAGAAAAUAAAAUGUUAAUAAAUUAAUAUAGAAGAUAGAUAAAUCUACCGAAUUCGUCCCGGAAUUAAUAUUGAAAUUAUCUUAUUCUAAAUGUUGUUGGUUUUAUAAAGUUUACAAAAUGAUGUAUGUACGAAGAAAGUAAAAAGACGCGAUAUAAAAUAUUUUUAUAUUUUUUUUAUUAGAAAUGUUUUUUUGAUUAUCCGUCCUAAAUUGUAAUACCUAAAAUUCUGUAUUCUGUAAAGUAUAUUUAUAUUCAUAU